GUUGUGUUCACUGCUUGUUUCUGCUGAAAACUAGUGGACAAAAAAAUCCAUGAAUGCAGGUUUAACUGUCUUGUAUUCAGAGAUGUUUGAGGCUAUGUUUACCUCCUCCAGCUCCUGUUAUUAGACAUGUUUUUUGCUUCAUAUUUAAACAUUUGCAAUAUUGAUUAGACGAUGUUCUAAGACAUAAACAUCUCAAGAGAACAUAAACUAUGACUGAAAGGAAAAAUGUCCCUGGUUCUAGUUAAACUUCUGCUGCAUUUCAUUCCCUCCGUCUCUCUUCUAUCAACCUCUAAUGUUCACUGUGAAUAAAAGCACAAAAUACCACAAAAAUCAACAUCAUUUGUCACUCUGUCACUUGAAACCUCAGAUCUGGAAGUGGCUGCUUCAGGAUCUAAUUUUCAUCCUGCAGCUCUGACUCAGACUUGGACGGAUUGCUGCAGCACUGAGUCUGAUGUACUGAACUGACUCAUGCCUAAAAUUAUGAUUCAAUGAAAGGUAAUGAUACAAAAGAAGAAACUGGGCUUUUAGAGGAGGAGUAGAUGUUGGAGAUAUUCUGCAGCCAAGAAUUUCUUGUCAGAUAAUUGAAGCACUUGGACAGAGUGACAGGAUGUAUACCAUCCUCAACACGUCAAACUAUUGGGGGUGGGGGUGGGAGUGGGGGGGCUCCUCUGUCAUCAGCAUCCUCAGCCAAUGGAGAAACCAGCGGAGGAGACACUUUAACCGGCUCUCCGGAGCGGAGCGGACCAGAGCGCAGCGCCCGGCUCCGCGGAUCCAUCCUCCUCCUCCUCCCCCCUCCCCUCCCCCCGGUACAUGCACUAACAUCUGCGCGUUGGUGGAAAGUGAGUUUUCUGCUCCUGGUUAUGGACUUCAUUUCUUCUCCAGUUUCAUCUUGAGGACUGCGGAAUGUUUUAAGCUGCAGCGGAGAACCUGCUGCGUGGAUAUCCAGCAGGGAGAUGCUGCUUCACGCAUCGCUGGCUUCUGCGUCUUGAAGGGAAUUUAAAGCUCAAAGUCAUAAUGUGAAUGUGCAGCAUCAGUUCAUCCAAUGAUUGAGACCAGCACACCGACCAUGUUGGACAGAACCGAGCCGGCACACUGCACCGUGUGCUGCUGCACGCUGGUCAACAAAAUCCUGAUGGUGCUCUUCAUGGUGUUGCUGAUUUUCGCCACCUUGUUUGGGAACUUGGUGACUCUGGCGGUGGUGCUGGGGACCAAACACUUCCACACGCCGCAGGGUUACCUGAAGGCAUCACUCGCUGUGGCCGAUCUUGCAGUGGGGAUAUUUGUUGUGCCGGUGUCGGUCUACGCCGAGGUCUAUCUUAUGGCGACUGACUCGGCGCCAGAGUGGACUUCAUACAACUCACAGUCGGUGAGUUUCCACCCGUGCAAUGUCAUCGGCCCGAUCUUCGCAGGGUGCACUUUGGUCUCCAUCACAACCAUCUUCCUGCUGACGAUUGAGCGCAGCAUCGCCGUGUUGAGACCGCUGCAUAAAGACUCAGUGAUUACACGUAAAAGGACCACGAUCCUCAUCGUCCUUUCCUGGGUGGGGAGUUUCUUCUUGGCGGUGUCUCCGAUGGUUUUCAGCAGCGAGAUCGCUCUGGAGUACAACUCCUGCAGCCGCAUGUGUAAUUACGCUCUGGGGACCAUCGGCGAGUUCCCCAGCCAGGCCUGGAACAUCCUCCUCCUCUUCCCCGCUUUUGACUUCACCCUCCUCGGUGGCACUGUGGUCAUUAACAUGAUUUCUCUGUCCAGCAUUAGGCAGCACUCGAAGCGCAGGAAACACCUGGCGGAAACCGAGUGCCAGAGCACCACCAAACCUACGUUCUCUGACAUCAAGGCAGCCAAAACUAUUGGGACGCUAACGGUGGCCUUCACCGCGUCGUUCACGCCCAUCGCCGUCUUUGUGGUGGGGAACGUUUUGGGGAAUAAGUGGUGCAACUUUUCCUUUUUCGCCUUCUGGAUUUUGGCCACCAACAGUUGCUGGAAUGUGAUUAUUUACAGCGUUUGGGAUCAGAAGUUCAGGCUCCGCGCACACAAGCUCCUCAUGCCUUUCCAGAGAAAAGACACAACCAAAACCUAAAAAAAAAAACACUCAGGAACCAAAGACUGCAGACAAACCUGAGCAUCAUUUAGACGUUUGUUUGUCGCACAAACUCUUUGUCCAACACACAUCGUGAGUCUCGCUAAGAGGCGUGUCUGCAUGUCUUGUGGAUUGCUGUUGUGAAAGUAAAAUUUUCUACAUCGUUAACAAGCAUGGAAAAUUUUCAGAUCACAAAAUGUUGGAUAUUAAAUGUCCCUCAUUGUUGGGGAUUCGUCUUGUUUUUGUGUAAUGUUGCGAUAACUGCGGCCUGUUUCAGUCUGUGGAAUGUUUGUGAUAAACAUUGAUUAAAACAUGAUACAAACAAAAUCUGUUUUCUGAUUCCACAUCUGUCGUAUGUAAAGAUGUAUUUGGAAGUACAGAUGGGUCAAACAGCCUCCAGAACAGCUUUAGACUUAGAUUCCUUAAAUCAGUAUCAAAAACGCCCCGAAGAUAAUCCCCCUAAUUAACUGUUUUGAUGCUGCUGGUGUCCAACAUGUCUCAUUUUCAUACUCAUCAAGACAUUCAGUGAACCGUCUCAUCCUUUAUCGUUAUGUUUCUACACUCAUUUAUUCAGGGUUUUCCUCAAAUUGGUCUCCAUGUCAGACCCAUACAGAAAUGUAGUAUAGGCCAUAUUCACAUAUAUGUGAGAAACUAGUAAAUAUAUUCAGAUAUGUUUGGAAAAUAUAUUUCAAAAAUACUUAGAGCAAUUAAUCUUCAUA